UCUUCCAAUCGUUCGAUCUCUACUUAACCUCGUCCAUCUCUUUCUCUUGCCUCCCAUUCUUUUCCCUCUCACUUUGUUUUCUUACUCUUUACCACUCAUCGAUCCAUCGCAUUCAACUCAUAUCCAUCAUGCAAGUCACCUCGCUGCUUCGUUAUUCCCACGUCUGUCCCUUCCUCGGUCACUCCAAUCCCAACCAGCUUCGCGCUCUGGCCAACGGCGUUCAUGGCAAUGUCUCUUCUCUCACAGCCACAGCAUUCAGGUGUCCCAUGAUGGGCCCCAAGCUCGCCUCCAUGGUAGCUACUCGAUCUUACGCCUCUGUUGCCGGUAACAAAGAGGUGGAAGAGAUGCACAAGUCCAAGGAUAUUCCUUUCGACCCUUCCUCGGCAACUUCUGAAAAAUGUCCACAUGCCAAAGCUGCAAGUGAUGCUGCCGCUAUGGCGCAGAAGGAGGCGGAUGCAAAGGCCAAUCCUGCCACCGAGCAUGCGCCGACGCACGAGAAAGACACUUUCAAGUACACAGAGUUUUAUCAAGGAGAGUUGCAUAAGAAGAUCGCGGACAAAUCGUAUCGUUACUUCAACAACAUCAAUCGUAUAGCCGCCAAAUUUCCAGUGGCGCAUACUGCCAAUCCCCAAGACGAGGUCGACGUCUGGUGUUCCAACGAUUACUUGGGUAUGAGUAAGAAUCCUGUGGUGCUUGAGACGAUGAAACGCACUCUCGAUCGAUACGGUGCAGGUGCGGGAGGAACCCGUAACAUUGCCGGCAAUGGCGCACUUCACAUGUCACUCGAAAAUGAACUUGCAUCCAUCCAUCGGAAGGAAGCUGCUUUGGUCUUCUCCUCCUGUUACGUCGCCAACGAUGCUUGUCUGGCUACCAUCGGAUCCAAGCUUCCUGAUUGCGUCAUCUUUUCCGAUGCCUCGAAUCACGCAUCCAUGAUUCAAGGCAUUCGUCAUUCAGGCGCUAAAAAAGUGAUUUGGAAACAUAACGACAUGGCCGAUCUCGAAGUCAAGUUGAAGUCUGUACCGAAAGAAACACCGAAGAUUAUCGCAUUCGAAUCCGUUUACUCGAUGUGUGGUAGUGUCGCACCUAUCAAAGCUAUUUGUGAUCUCGCAGACAAAUACGGUGCCAUCACUUUCCUCGAUGAAGUACACGCAGUUGGCAUGUACGGUCCAAGUGGCGCUGGUGUCGCUGAACAUCUCGAUUUCGAAGCUCAUCACAGCACUCGUCGGUCUGGAGCGUCGGUCAAGGGUAGUAUCAUGGAUAGGAUUGACAUUAUCAGUGGUACUCUUGGGAAAGCUUGGGGUGUUGUUGGUGGUUAUACCGCGGGAUCUGCCGAUUUGGUCGAUGUCGUACGGUCUUACGCUCCUGGGUUUAUUUUCACCACGUCACUUCCACCCGCUGUUGUUGCCGGCGCUCAAACCUCCAUCGCUUACCAAAGGGAAUUCAUGGGCGAUCGUCGAUUGCAGCAACUGAACACUCGUGAAGUCAAACGACGACUGGCCGAAAUGAGUAUACCUGUGGUACCAAACCCGAGUCAUAUCAUUCCUGUCCUUGUCGGUGAUGCUCAAUUGGCAAAAGAAGCUUCGGAUAUGUUACUCGCCAAACAUCAAAUCUACGUUCAGUCCAUCAACUAUCCUACGGUCGCUAGAGGGGAAGAACGUCUCAGAAUCACGCCCACUCCUGGUCAUACGACUGAACAGAUCACUCAUUUAGUUUCUUCCCUCGACACGGUGUUCAAUGAGCUCGAGUUGAAGAGAACCGGGGAUUGGGCGGCAAUCGGAGGAAGGGCAGGUGUGGGUAUGGUGGCAUCAAACCCGGUCUUGCCGAUCUGGAACGAUAAACAGCUGGGAUUGGAGGAUGGUACUGCACCAGAGAGAUUGGAAGGUGGGAAGAAGAGCGUGGUGCGGGUGGAAGCUGUACGGAUCGCGGAGAAACGUCUGCAUCAUUUGCUCGAACCGAGUUUGGUGGGUACGGUGACUGCGGCUGCUUGAGCUGUCGUAAUCGGCUUGUCACACUUAUGUAGUGUAUGAGGGUUUAUGCAAUUAUUUGUGCAUGGUUUC